AUGGCAGAUCUCGAAAAGCGACUUGUGUAUUGCUGCGCUGCAUACUUCUUCAACUACCUCGAUCGCAGUGCUUUCGCAAAUGCCUAUGUAUCUGGGCUGAAAGAGGAUCUUCGACUUGAGGGGAACCAAUACAGCAUCUUGCUUGCCAUGUUCACUGCAGGUAGCUGUGUAGGGCAAAUCCCCCAUGCUUUGAUCAUCCAGAAACUUGCGCCGCGUUUCUGGUUGCCCUUCACGUUGUUAGUAUGGUCUGGUCUGACGAUGAGCUCUGCGGCCUGUAAAACCUAUACACAGCUGUGUGUGGUUCGGUUUCUCCAAGGCUUUUUUGAGUCGAGUCUCUACAGUGGCACUAUCUACAUCCUCGGUAGUUGGUACAAACCUCUAGAAAUCGCCAAACGAACGGCCAUCUUCACAGCCAUUGGACAGAUAGGCAGCAUGUUUGCUGGGGUGAUGAUGACAGCGAUGAAUGAGAGUCUGCAUGGUCAGACCUCUCUGAAAGGGUGGCAAUGGGUGUUUAUAAUCAAUGGCGCUAUGGGUAUUCCCUUCGGUAUCUUUGGACUCAUGUUCUUUCCCAAUUUGCCAGAAUCCACCAACGCUCCAUAUCUCAGCAAAGAGGAGAUACAGCUAGCGGUUGACCGCUUGCCACCAAAGAAAGACUGGAGCCAUGACAUCAGCCUCAGGUCCCUCGCCAAACGACUCUUUGCAAAACCAGAUGUCUACGUUUUCACUCUUUACUCUGCGGUAGCCUGUGCACUGGAAGCCAUUGUUCUACAAGGCCUUUUUCUGCUAUGGAUGAAAGAGAACAUUGAAAAGUUUCCUUCGCAUGCCACGACGACCUACCCGCUAGGUAUCCAAGCAGUCUCCAUUGUCUCCAAUAUCGGGGCAGGCUAUGUUAUUGACAUGACCAAUCGCCGCAUACCGAUGGUCAUACUAGCUGGACUUUUGCAGCUACUCGUCGCAAUUCUCUUGCUCAUACCCAGUCUUUCCACUGCCGGAACAUUCUUCGCAUUCUACUUGGCCGGUACCUCAUACAUUGUAAACCCUAUUCUAUAUGGGUGGGCUAGCGUUAUAUCUCAGCGCGGUGGUGACGACGCAUCUCGAUCAGUCAUUCUUUACAUCAUGAGUAUGGUGCAGUCGAUCUUGUACACGUUUUGGGGCAUUGCGCUUUACCCAGCAAGCGACGCACCUUAUUGGAAGAAGGGUUAUAUCACAAUGAUCGUGGUCGUUUUCGCUUUCUUCGCUGCGACUGCAGCUGUUCAUUGGUUGGACCAGAGAUCGCAGAGGAUUGAGAACGAUGUAGCUGAAGAGUUGACUCACGUGAGCGAAAGGUCGAACGACAGAAAAGAGGACUAG